UUCGUCAAGCACCUCGCUAACAUACACGAUGUGUUCUGUUGGUGAACAAGAAGCCUGUCAGAAAAUGCUGACAGCUAGUUUGUCAAGCGAGGGAUACUUUACGUGCUACCCGACCUGCGACGAUAUUUUAGAUGAUUUUGAUGUGUCCAUGUUGGACUGGGAAUACAGUGGACCGCCUGUCAACGGUGGAGACUGCUCGCCACCCAUGGGCUACUCUCAGGCGGUCAACACUUCAUGUGCAGGAACCAGUUAUCCGGCCACUGCCAGUCGCGACUGGAGUAGCUACGAAAACGACUCUCUGACCGGAGACACCACACACGACUCUCAGCUGUGUGACUCCGACAGCACUUACCCGCCGCAGGUUACUACUGCAGCAGAAAGUUGGUCUGCUGCUGGUCCAGACCCGUCUAGGUAUCCAAGUCUGUCUCAGACUGCUGGACAGACUGGACGCAAGCUGAAGGUAUACGAAUGGCCUCCACAAAGUGACCCGGAGCUGGAGAAAAAAAGACGCAGGGCAAUAAAGGCAUUGAGGAACCGUAUGAGAGGCAUUCAGUUGGAGGAGCAGCAACACGCUAAGUUGGAUGCCAUCACUCGGGAUGUGUCGAGGCUCAAGGAGGAGAAACGCACCAAACAGCAGACCGUAGCAACCCUGCAGGCCUACCUCAACCAGCUCUCUCUCUCAUCCUCUUCCCAACACACUGGUAGCCGCUGGUGAUGCCACUGUCUCCCCUGAUGUGAACCAUUGUUCAAAGUCAGCUCUAGCAAUAAUUGUUUAACAGCAGCAGCAGUUAUUGUUCCUCGUGUCAACGCCUCUGUCCCGCCCUUGGUGGGAUACAGUGGGUGGACACCUGUCAUGUCCCAGGCGGGUCACAGGAUGCAGUGAAAGUCGACAUUCGUCAUGUUCUUGGUCAGUCAUA